AUUAACUCUUUCUUUUCUUUCAUCCGCAGAUGGCUGGGCAGCUUGAGAUUAUCUAAAAUAGCAGAGACUACUAUCAAUCAUUACUUAAAGAACGCUGCCCAGUUCAUGGACUACGUCUCGGAGACCCCCCCUCCCACGUCCCGCCUGUCGAAGAAGGCCCUGACGGGGAUCAGGCGGGAGUUGAGGUCCCUGAUUAGGGGCCUCAAGAGGGGGGUGGUGAUGCACCAGAUUGGGGUGAAGCAGGCGAAGGAGGGCCGGCUGAUCCCCAAACUGGUGCUGAGGAAAUGCUGCUCCGAGGCGAAAAAGAUCAUCCCGGGGCUCCUAGACCAGCUGGAAGAGGACGGGCUGCAGAAGACCCAAUUCCAGCUCUACGGCCACUUGACGGCCUAUUUUGCCUCCAUCUAUGGUCACAGACUCGGGGUCUUUCAGAACCUGACCAUAGAGGAGGUGGAGAAGGCCGUCAAGUCGGCCAGCUCGGGGUCGUACCUCAUAAACAUUUCCCUCCACAAGACCAACCAGGCGUUCGGUCCGGCGCAGCUGUCCCUCACGCCGGAGGAAUACUCUUGGUUUCGCCGGCUCCUGGCGAUGAGGGACAACCUGGUCGGCGGGCCGGACGCCACCCACUUUUUUUACACAUCGACACCCAACCCCUGCAAAAACCUGAACAAUCAUUUCCAGGCGGCUUGGGUGUCGAUGGGACUUCCGGGGAAGCCGACCUUCACAGACCUCCGGACCUCCAUCGCCACACACGCACGCAACACCCACACCUCGAGUAACCGGACCAAGGUGGCAAAAUUUAUGUGUCAUGACACCUCCACGGCCGACAAGUUCUACGCCAUGAACUUGUCGGCGAAGCAGGCCGUGGAGCACCGCCGGUUAUUCGAGGAGGCGCUGUGCGGCGAGGAGGUCUCCCCGGCGAAGCCGUCCGAGGAGGGGACGAGUCGUAAGAGGGUGGCUAAGACCAAACACGGCGGCUGGAAACGCCGGCGGGAGGAGUCGCCGCCCACCUCCCCGUCUUCCAGCAGCUCGGAGGUGGGGGAGACGGUGACCUUCCAGGAGUCCGGGGUGUCGUCGAUCGACUCUCCCUCGAGCUUGGAGGAGUACCCCCGGACUCAGGGUUUGGCCAGCCCGCCCUCGCCUUCCUCCUCGGACGCUUCGCGGGAAAGCAGACGGAAGUCUUCCCCGGAAGUCCGAGCUUCGGACCAGGACGACCCCGAGCAGGAGCAGGACGACCCACAGCAGCAGCCCGCCUCUCCCCGUCCUACGGCCCAGCAGCCCGCCUCUCCUCAACCGACGGCCCAGGAGCCCGCCUCUCCCGCCACGCACAAAGAGCCCAGGCCAGUUGUCACCAGGAGGAGGCCGGUGGUUCUCUUGUCACCACUGAGGAGCCCAGACAUCAGAAAGCUCUGCCGGCUCUCUGGCCCCGCCCGUGCCAGUCGGGCACGGGCGAACUUGCGGAGGGCCACAAAAGCACCGGCAAGAAAAGGAAAAAAAGCGUUGUAAAUAGUUCUCAAGUUCA